UGGCAUCGCGGUAGCAUCAGCAAUGGCGCCACACACUUGCUGUGCUAAACUUGUGUAAAGCAGACAUUGCUGUGUGAUGAAUUGUAAUAAUUGUGUGUGAGAUUCUACGUUGAAAUGUCACGUGCAGCAAGAAAAGUCGCAUGUGCCGUAUCUGGCGGUGUUGACAGCACCGUGGCAGCAUAUUUAUUGAAACAGAGAGGGCACGAAGUCACUGGAGUUUUCAUGAAAAACUGGGAUUCUCAAGACGACGAUGCAGAAUGUUCUCUUGAUGCAGACUUGGAAGAUGCACACUACGUCUGCAAGAAUUUAAAUAUUCCGUUUAAGGUGGUCAACUUUGUAAAGCCAUACUGGCACCAUGUAUUCAGUACCAUGCUCCUCGAGUACCAAAGUGGCAUCACUCCUAACCCAGACAUCCUUUGCAACAAAAAAAUAAAGUUUGAUGCAUUUUACAAAUACGCUAUGAAAGACCUUCGCUCAGACGCCAUUGCGACGGGACACUAUGCUAGGAUUGCGCAGCUCCCAAAUGGUGACGUUAGACUUCUGCGAGGAAUUGACACACAAAAGGACCAGACAUUCUUCCUGUCUCAAGUGGAACAAGUUCCUCUGCAGAAUGUGAUAUUCCCAGUUGGGGAACUGAAAAAGUCUGAAGUCAAGAGUAUAGCAAGUGGGAUAGGUCUGGAGAAAUUUGCAAAGAAAAGAGAGAGUACGGGCAUCUGCUUUGUUGGACGAACGGAUUUCCAAGUCUUUAUAAACAAGUACGUGGAACCACAGAGAGGAACCUUUGUCGACAUUGAUACUGGAGAGGUUGUCGGCCAUCACUUAGGUGUUCAUUGUUGGACACUGGGACAGAGAUGCAGCAUCGGAGGCAAGAAGUUUCCUUACUACGUUGCCCGUAUGUGUCCGAGCACGCACACGAUCCUGGUGGCAGCAGGAACAAAUCAUCCCGCACUUUUCUGCAGCACGUUCCACACUUCUGCUCCACAUUGGAUCUGUGACUGGCCAGUGAGACCAGGGGAGUCGUUUACCUGCCUCUUCAAGACCCAGCAUCCCGAGGAAGUGACACCCUGUACAGUCGAUCAGGACUCUGACCUCACUCUCCAUGUUAGACUUCCUGAACCGAGGCGAGCAAUAACACCAGGACAGUUUGCUGUAUUCUACAGUGAUGAGGUAUGCCUGGGGAGUGCAAAAAUUACAAAGUUGGGACCAAGCCUGCAGGAUGACAUUUCUGUCGGAAAAAUAAAUUGCAGAGAUACUUCUCUAAACUAAUUUGUGAAUAAAGGAAGUUUUCAGUUGUGAAUCAUUUGGAUCAGUA